UUCCUUAAAUAUUCUUCUUUGCGUGAAGGAGAAAGAGAGGAUGAGACGAUAGGAAGAGUGAUUAGCGAAGUGCUGUGGUGAUGGAAGAGCAAGUGGAAGUGGUGAGCAAGGCAUUUGUAGAACACUACUACAGCCUCUUCGACAAUGACCGGAGCAGCCUCUCCUCGCUCUACCACCCGACUUCGAUGCUCACAUUCGAAGGGCAGAAGAUCGUUGGGGUAGAUGAGAUCUCUGCAAAGCUUAGGGACCUCCCAUUUGAUAAAUGCCAGCACCAUAUCAGCACCGUCGACUCCCAGCCCUCCUCCUCGGCCGGCAUUGUUGUGUUCGUGAGCGGCUCCUUGCAGUUACCAGAGGAGGAACACCACCUCCGAUUCAGCCAGAUGUUUCACUUGGUUCCAUCACCGGCGGGAAGCUUCUUCGUGCAGAAUGACAUUUUCCGCCUGAACUAUGGGUGAUAACUGUAUUAUAUUUCCAGAAUUUGUCGCGGUGGCUCUGAAGGAGACCACUUCGAUCAUUUCUGCAUAUUGGAUCUAUCAUCAUCUGUCAACAUAAGUCUUCAAAUCUUAUCUUUCGUUCGACCCUCAUAGCUGUUCCAGGAGCAAGCGCAAUCGAUGUAUUUGAUGUUAUCCACUUCUAGGCUGAAUGAAGUCUAUUGUUCAUCAA